AUGGAUUCCGAAAACUUACUGACGGAUGCUGAUCCUCAGGAGCAAGUUAGGGCUCAACCACCACCUCCUCCGAAGAAAGGUGUUUAUAGUGAUGAACGACGAUUAGCUGGAGAAACAUGGCUUGAAUUUGCAUACAGACAUUAUUAUAACUUUAUGCACUUUUUCUUCGAAGAUUGGUUUAUGAGUGCUGCAUUGGCUUUGAUAACUGUUUUCAUAUCCAUAUUCAUGGAUGUAUUCUUAGAAUAUAUUCUUCAUUUUCGCCGGAUGUUUUAUGAAUUUGGAAAACAAUUCAAUGAUCCUGUUGCUUGUGUUUGUUGGGUAUCAUUCAUGACAGCAGCAGUAUGGUUCGCAUCUAGCUUUUGUUACUUAGUUUCUAAACAAGCUGUUGGAUCGGGUAUUCCUGAAAUGAAAGUUAUCAUUCAAGGAUUUAAAUUGAAAAACUAUCUAUCAUUGAGAACAUGCAUAGCCAAAAUUGUUGGUUUAACUGUUGCUCUGGGUGCGGGUAUGCCGACGGGAAAGGAGGGUCCAUUUGUACACAUUGGUGCUAUUGUAGCAGAGUUAUUAAGAAAAGCAACAAGAGAUUGCCAUUUCAAUGAUUUCUUCACAAACGAAGGACGUAAAUUGGAACUGCUGAGUACAGGAUGUGCUGUAGGAAUAGCGUGUACCUUCUCAUCUCCUGCUGGAGCUGUAUUGUAUGGAAUUGAGUCUACUUCAAAGUAUUUUGCCGUCAAGAACUAUUGGAGACAGUUCUUCGCAACUACAUGUGCAGCUUUAAUCUUCCGUUUUGCUAUCAACACCAUGGUCCCAACUCACAUGGUUGGAACAAUCGUAGCAUACUAUCAAACAAGUUUCCCCAAUGAGGUUUUUGUCAUUGAGGAGUUACCGUUAUUCGUAUUAAUCGGAAUUGUCUCCGGGUUAGCAGGAGCUUUAUGGAUCUGGCUUCAUCGUCGGAUUGCUUUAUUUAGAAAGAAAAACAAGCUUUAUUCAUCUAUUUUUGGAGGACGACCUAUCUUAUUUACUGUUGCUAUGGCAGCUUUAUUCAGUUUGUUGACUUUCCCUGAUUGGUCAGGAAAAUACAUAGCUGGACAGUACGUAUUCCGUGAAACAUUAGCCGACUUCAUUUCCAAUUGUACCUUUUCGGUGUCCAACAGUAGCAUCGGCUGCCCGGAAUCUAUUUUGUCUCAUUGGACAACAGGAACAGAAAACCCCUUGUACAGUGUUGCCAUUUAUGGAAUCUCAUAUUAUUUGAUACUAACUUUAUUCGUCUCUUUGUACUAUCCAGCUGGUAUUUUUGUUCCUGCGUUUGUUGUUGGAGCAAGUGGAGGACGUAUUCUCGGAGAAAUAAUUGCUAAUAUUUUCCCUGAAGGCAUAAGAGGUCUUGACGGCCCACUCAUAUAUCCCGGCCUAUAUGCUGUCGUCGGAGCUGCUUCAUUCACGGGAUCUGUAACUCGUUCAUUAUCAGUAGCGUUGAUUGUAUGUGAGACAACCGGUCAACUAUGCGGGCUAUUACCUGUCUUGAUUGCUCUAAUGGUAGGAAAUGCUAUAGCUAGCUUCUUACAGCCAUCAUUCUAUGAAAGUUUAAUCACAAUCAAUAAUUAUCCAUACUUAACGGAAUUGCCACCUAGUAGAAUCAGUGUUCAUACAAUGAAAGUAGAGAAUGUUAUGGUUCGAAAUGUUAUUUAUAUCUCUAGCGAUAUGACAUAUAGAGAUUUACAUGAAUUACUAUUGAGAACGCCUUAUCUCCGAGCAUAUCCAGUUGUAACUGAUAGAUAUUCAAUGCAUUUAUUGGGAAGUGUUGGAAGAAAAUAUUUGUCUUAUCUACUACAUUCCAAGUUUGGUGAAAAUCCAUCAUUUUCAAAAAAACGACCAUCAGUUUCCGAGACAUUCAUGACGUUAAGCAGAAGACGAGCCGAACAAAUGGAAAGAAAUAUGACUCAAGGCAGCUUGAUGGCAGAUAGAGGAAACUCCUUGCUAGCAACAUCACCUCUUCAUGAAGAUGGUGUUUCAAUGCCCUUCAGACAAGAAGUUCCUGAGACGUUAGAUGUUAGCCAUCAUGCAUCCGUAUUGGCUGGAAAAAUAAAUAUAGAUGAGUUCGCGAUUGAUUCAGCACCAUUCCAGCUGAUUCGCAACACAUCACUCUACAAGGUUCACACCUUAUUCUCGUUGCUGGCCUUGAAUCACGCAUACGUGACUGAAAGAGGUCGACUAGUUGGAGUUGUGUCUGUGAAAGAGUUGCGAGAAACUUUGAAUCACAUUUAUCUGAAGGGAGUAAUACCAUUAGAUCGUUUACAACAAAAUCAUAAUCGAGCAACAGAUGAAACUACAGCCAGAGAAUCAGAAACACGCAUUCUCAUGGAGUCACAUUCAUAA